UCUCAACUGCAGUUUACACUUGACAAAUACAGAGUAAUAACCUAUUAACACGUUGGGUUGAGCAACGGUGUGAACGCUGGCGUCUCACGGCUAGUAACGGGGAGUCAUCUGUUGCACGACCACCUUGAGGUGAUCAGUAUUUGAUUGAAAGGAGCCACUGCACUGUGAUUAAAGCACCAAGCUGCAUAUUAUUAUCUGACCAUUUGAAAACAUGGUGCAAAACAAAAUCACAGAGGUCACAGGAUUCCAUCACUCCUUCAAGGUUGGGGGAAAACCCUUUCAGGACUGAUGAAUUCAUAGAUUCGGAACCCCAUGUUGACUCAUCCUUCAAGUUAGACCACUCGCCAAGGCCUGACAUGCCAUCCAGCCAGCCCAUCGAUAUCCCUGAUGCCAAGAAGAGAAAUAAAAAGAAAAAACGAUGCAGAGCCACUGACAGUUUCUCCGGACGUUUUGAAGAUGUUUACAAACUACAAAAUGAGGUUCUUGGAGAAGGGGCUUAUGCUGUUGUUCAGACCUGCAUUAAUCUGGUCACCAAUAUAGAAUAUGCAGUAAAGAUAAUUGAGAAGAGGCCAGGCCACAGUCGGAGCCGUGUUUUCAGGGAGGUGGAAAUGCUCUACCAGUGCCAGGGCCACAGAAACAUUUUGGAACUGGUUGAAUACUUUGAGGAAGAGGACAAAUUUUAUUUAGUCUUUGAGAAACUGAGAGGCGGUUCUAUCUUGACUCACAUACACAGAAGACAACACUUCAAUGAGCAGGAAGCCAGCAUAGUGGUGCAGGACAUCGCCAGUGCUCUGGACUUCCUACACAACAAAGGGAUGGCACAUCGAGACCUAAAGCCAGAGAACAUCCUCUGUGAACAUAGUGACAGGGUGAGUCUCUCUCUGUACAUGAGGAGACAUGAGACAUCCGAGGAGAACACAUGCACUGCAUUUCUGACCAGAUUUUUUGACAUCUGUUGGAUCUCUCCCGUGAAGAUCUGCGAUUUUGAUUUGGGAAGUGGGAUCAAACUGAAUAGUGACAGCUCUCCCAUCUCCACCCCUGAGCUCUUGACUCCGUGUGGCUCAGCUGAAUACAUGGCUCCUGAGGUGGUGGAGGCCUUUAAUGAGGAAGCUAGCAUGUACGACAAGCGCUGUGACCUGUGGAGCCUUGGUGUCAUCCUCUACAUCAUGCUGAGUGGAUACCCGCCCUUUGUGGGUCGCUGUGGAACAGACUGUGGUUGGGACUGGGGAGAGCCCUGCCAAGCCUGCCAGAGCAUGCUGUUUGAGAGUAUUCAGGAAGGCAAGUACGAGUUUCCAGAGAAGGACUGGGCACACAUCUCUCCUGCAGCCAAAGACCUCAUCAUCAAGCUGUUGGUGCGGGAUGCCAAAGACCGCCUCAGUGCUGCCCAGGUUCUGCAGCACCCUUGGGUCAAGGGGUGUGCACCCAACACUGUGUCUGCAUCCAUAUUACAUCAGAGGGGUGGUAGCGCUCAGGACCUGACGUUCUUUGCGGGGCAGGCCGUAGCCAUGAACCGGCAGCUGGCUGAGAGGGAAGAGAGUGAGGAGCAGCAGCAGCAGUUAGAGAAGGAGCUUUUCUCCCCGCUUCUCCUCUCCUCCAGCUCCGGCUCCAUGCUGCUGUCUCCUUCCUCCAGGUCCAAGCUGGCCCUCCGCAGGGAGACCGCAGGCAGCCAGCACCGAGGGCCGGUGUGCGCUGCUGAACUACGCCAGCUCCUCGCCCCGCUUGUGAUAGUAGGUGACUGUGCCUGAUCUCUACCACGUUUUCCAGCCUCCGCUCUCCACUGACGACUAUUGAUGACACUCUAUCAGAAUCUUCAACUAGGCAGUGCGUUGACAUCUUGACCUCUCUGCCCACUUACUUUGUGGGCUCUAAGCUCUUGUGAGAAGUACUCUCAUGUUUGUAGCACUUAAAGCACCUCAAAGGCCCCUGCAAACAGUUUUGAUUGGGUAAAAAGCUUGUUGUGGCCAGGAAAAAGACUUGUUGACGUCGGAGUCCCAGGAAUCUGUCAAUAUAACAAUGUUUACGUAAAACCUCGGGAACCAAAGGACUCAAGUUGCUUUCGUUCAUCUAAAGCUGGACCCCACCUAAGCCAUUUAAUUUCUAAGCAUCAGGAAAAACAUUCUGCUCUUUGCCUUUGAGCUCACAUGGCUGACCCCCAGUGGCCGAAUCAUUCGAUUUGUACUUAUGCCAUAUUUGAGACUUAUUUCUCACUCUCAAAGUGAUAUUGAUGGCAGACUGAGACUAUGUAAGUGUUGCUGGGACUUAAGUGGCAAAUGACUUAUUAUUCAAGUUAUCCAGGGAAGAAAUUGCAGCCAUGUUGUGUGGGGUUUCUCUAGUCUGAAUUUAUUUAUCAAGGACCUCAUUUACCAAUUUCACUCCACUGUGUAACACUUAUUUUUCUGCCAAACGCGAAUCUCCGCAGUGUUUUCAGCAGAAACCUCUCUGAAUGAGUAACCAAAGUAUAUUUUAAAGCAGAAAGACUCAUUCUAUGUCAGUUCAUUGGUGUUUUACAUUUCCGUUUUGUCCUCUCACUGGAAAGUUUAGCCUUUUUCAGGGAGACGGAGCAGUGCAGCACAACUUUUGUACUUGGCCUCUCAGGAAAACAGGAAUUAGUUGCAUAAUCAUAUUUCCUCCCCCUUUUCAUUUCCUCAUGUUUCAUCCCCUUUUGACCUGCAAUAUAAGGAACUGCCAGAGGUCCAUUUCAAGGUUCUGUAGCGAAUUUAGAGAAAUCCUCUACCAUUUUCAUUUCCAACUCCGUUUUCACCAUUCAUUCAGUUAGUCAUUGAACAUUUCGUGAACACACAGGCUCUGUCAAUGACUCCAUUCACUGUUUGAAUAAAGGUGAUUAUUGCAUGAAAAGACCUUAAGUCCUCUGUUAGCCUUCAUUUUGUACUUGUAGACUGAUAUCUAAUGAAAAGGUGAAGCUCAGAUACGCAAUAAAACUCCAGACAUACCAAUGUGCCAUGCUGCUAUAUUACUUUGCCCAUUCCCUCGCCCCCUGCCCUCUUUUUUUUAUUUAUUGUUGGUGUGUUGGAAAGGGAGAUUUUCAUCUUCCUUUUUUAAAGUGGCAGUUUAUUUGUUUUUAAAAAUGUAAGGAUGUUGAACUUGUAAGAGAGAAUGUGUGGAUCCCCCCCACCUUUUUUUUUUUUUUUUUUUUUUUUUUUUGUUUUUUUUGGUUGUUACUGAUGUUCCGCAAUUUCUUCCUAAGAUGACUGUAGACACUAGUGUUUGAUCAAUUUUUUCUUGAAUAGUGUCACCAGCAA